AUGGACCGUGCGGUGUGGGCGGCUGCCUCGGAGAGCCAACGACAGGAAAGGCUCAAAAAAGAGGAGGAAGACAAGCAGCUCGAGGCGGCACGGGCUGCGGAGCACGCGGCCCAUAUCGCCCGCCUCUGCGCCACCCCGCCGCCCGACGGACUGCCCGACCUCCUCCCCGAAGAGCUGUGGGUGCGCAUCCUGCAGCACUUGCCGAUGCGUUCGUGGAAGAACGUGGCUCGCGUGUGCGUCUUCCUUCGUCGCAUCGCACAAGACCAGAUGGUGGAUCCGGUGGUGCUGUUCAGGCGGAAAAGAGAAGAGGCGCGACUACGCCUGCAAGCGACAGCCCUGGGCUGA